AUGAACACCCUUCCUUCCACGCUGGGUGAAAGCAUCACUAAGUCCUUGGGGCUCCGGGAUGACGCGAUCAGCAACGCCGCGGGCAGAGUCGGAGUGGUCGACCUGAAUCCAGGCACCAUGCGGAACGAGUGGAUGCCGAGUCAAUGGCCACUUGUGAAACCAGGCAAGGCCACGUUGGUUCACGGACAGCUUCACCUGCCAACUCCUAGCAUGGCGUUCAUUGCAGAAUCCACUCUGGGCGGAUCUCUGUUUGAGUCCGAAAUCCGGAAGAGGGUAGAGGAUGCCGUAGGGGCAAAUUCCGAAGCCAUUACAGGGCAGAUUAGCGUCGGUGCUGCCUCCGUUUACGAGGCAACGGUGACAACACCGGCUCCUUUACAGAGCUCGCUGCCCGGCAAGGGGCAGCAGCUACUGUGGUACAUUGGGCUGGGAAUGCUCGUGCUCGUCGCCGUGGGCAUCGUCUUAUGUUGUGUCAGAAGUUUGUGCAUGAGCAUGUCGACGCCAAAGAACGUGCUUGGUUACGACUCAGGAUUUCUGCAGGUUAAUUCGUACGAUGAUGACGUUCCCAUCUACGAAGAUCCCAUGAAACUGUUUCGUGGCCAAGGGCACUAA